AUGGGCAUAGAAACUGGCAUAAAAUCGCAUACUUGCAGUAUCUAUCAUCGCCCUCGGUCAGAUAAGUUCCAUCGUCGUUACCCUGCUGGCCAGGGUUAUCCUCGCACCCAUUCCAUCUGUCGCCGUUGUCAUCAGGAACAGCGUGGAGUUACAAGUAAAUCUCAUAAGCAACCGGUUUGCCAGCAAACACACAAGAGCAAACCCAUGCGCCGAAGUAUCAUUAUCGCAGUCAAGACCAUCUAUCGUGCUCUAAUAAGUGGCAACGGUCUAAAUAUCCACGUUCACCACCAUCACUGGUAUCAUAGUAACAGGGACAAGGGCAUAACAAAGGAGAAGAAAAGGCUCCGUCCAGGGUCUAUAGAGAGUACUAGAAACCGACCUAUACAGGUUGCUAAGCUUACUGAUGGCCCGGCGCCAUUGCCAUAUGAGCUGCCUGCAUAUCAAGAAUUAACCUACAGACCAUCACAAUCAGAACAGAAGCCACUAUUUAGAUUUCAUAUUACAGAGUAUAUUUAG